CGGGGCAGCCCCUUCCCUUCUUCCCUUCUGCCCGCAGCAGCUGCCGCAGCCGUCAGACCGCCGCCGCCCGCCGCUAGCGCAGGGCCAGUCCUCGGCCGCCUCCUCCCCCCGCCGCCGCCGCCAUUUCCCCCCGCCCGGCUUCGGCUCCGGCCCCGGGCCGCCGCGCGAGGCGAUGGGCCACAGGCUGGCGCUGAGCAGCGGCCGCGCGGGCGGCCCGGCCCGCGCACCCGGCGCCGCGGGGAUGGGGGCGCUGCGCCGCGCCGCGGCCUCGUCUUGACAUGGCUCCGCGCCGCGCCGCCACCAGCGCCACCACCGCCGCCGCCGCCGCCACCACCGCUGCGCCCGCCGGCUGCGGCUAGCGAGCGCCCGGCCCCGCAGCGCCCGGCCCCGCGGGGGACACGCGCGGCCGGGGGUUUUCCCUUCCCCCCUCCCCGCUUUCUUUUCUUCCUGCCUCGCCGCGGGUCUCGGGCCGGGGCUUGGACCCCGCGUGACACCCGGCGCGGGGGGAUGCGUGGGGCGAAGCCGACACCACCUUUCCGCGGGUUUGGGGAGUGAAGUGUGAGGGGAAGUGAUUGCAGCUCGGUUUGUUUCCUUUUUUUUUGCCAAGGGGAAUUUUAAAAAAAACCCAAUAUUUUUUCUUGCGGGAGAAAAAAUUAGGAUUGUUUUGGCACAGGGGUUUGCGCCCGGUGUUUCACUUCCAUCUCCCCCAGGUUUUUUUCCCCGCCCUUCCCUGUUUGUUUGUUCCUUUUGGCACAGAAAUCUGCCCUUCCCCGGGCUCCCUCAGUGUUUUAUUUCCAUCUUCCCUUCUCUCCCCCCCAGAUUUUUUUACCCCCUGUUUGUUUGUUCCUGAUUUAGAGUCACCAUGAAGUGAGAGGGCUGCGCCCCUGCCGCACCUAGCGGGUGUCUCGCUGCCUCUGGCAGCCUGCCCAGUUGCGGGAGGAGAGGCCAGAAGUCAGUCAUGCACGGUCCUAGCUAAACCGGGCUUGGGCGGCAGAGAGAGGAGGAUCCCGGGGCAGGGGUUCAGUUUCCGAAGGAGCCUGUCAGGUUUUGGGGGAUGUAGAGCUCUCACUGUGGUGGGCAGCCAGGACUGGGGGCUUGCAUAGGGCUCAAAUCUCCAGGGGAGAGAGUCCCGUCCCUUCACCCCCCACCCACCCUUCGUCUGUGGCCAUCAUGAUCCCCCUUCUCAGCAGUGGCAGCCUCAGGGCGAUGAUGUGCCUGAUGAUGAGCAGGAUGAAGUUAGAAAUGACUCCGUUGUUUUUCCUCUUUGCUCCCCUGCAAACCAGCACCACGUUGUCUGUAGUUGAUGAUUCUGUUGUUGGCAGGGAAAUCUUGUACCUCCCAGGAUGUGCACUCCUCCUCUGCACCCUUUUCUCUGCUCUCCACCAAGUGUAAUAAUUUUAAAGGUUAAAGAAGGAAAAAAAAAAAGAGGGACAGAGACAGGCAACCUAGCAAUAGUGGAAACCUGAGAAUAAUAAUCAGCAGAGUCAUGAAUCUGGCUGGGGUAAAGCGCAAUUUGUAAUUUCAGUUUCUUCUUUUUUUUUCUUUUUUUUUUUUUUUCUUGUUUUGUAAGGGCAGAAAUAAUCCCCACAUGGAUUGGGCUUGUGCCAGUUGCUUUUUGUUGUACAUGUAAAUUGUGAUCACUUCCCCCCAUCCCUGUUCUCACCUACUUAUUCCUGCAGUUAAACUGUUCACACCAAUGUAUCUUAAAAAUUGUUAGCUUUUUUUUUCUUGGUACUUUUUGCCGAAUCUCUCCUUGUCCAACCAUGGUUGGACAGCGACUUAUUUUGUUUCUUGACCCCUUUAAUAUGACAGUCUCAUAAAAUAUUGCCUGAGGUGCGUUUUUUGGGUUACAUUCGCGUUUUAUCUAUUCAAUUGUAUUAGCAGGAAUAAAAUGACUUGUUUCUGUUGUACUUGAGUCUUAUGAAAAAGUGCCCAUAGCUUAGUGACAGUUUCCAAAGGCUUUAGUACCACCUUACAAAAAUGGGGGACCCAAACUCCCGGAAGAAACAAGCUCUGAACAGACUUCGUGCUCAGCUUAGAAAGAAAAAAGAAUCUCUAGCUGACCAGUUUGACUUCAAGAUGUAUAUUGCCUUUGUAUUCAAAGACAAGAAGAAAAAGUCAGCGCUUUUUGAAGUGUCUGAAGUGAUACCAGUCAUGACCAAUAAUUACGAAGAAAAUAUCCUGAAAGGUGUGCGGGAUUCCAGCUAUUCUUUGGAAAGUUCCAUAGAGCUUCUGCAGAAAGAUGUAGUACAGCUUCAUGCACCCCGCUACCAGUCCAUGCGCAGGGAUGUGAUUGGCUGUACCCAGGAGAUGGACUUCAUUCUUUGGCCUCGUAAUGAUAUUGAGAAAAUAGUCUGUCUCCUGUUUUCUCGGUGGAAGGGAUCUGAUGAGCCCUUUAGGCCUGUUCAGGCCAAGUUUGAAUUUCACCAUGGUGACUAUGAAAAACAGUUUCUGCAUGUUCUGAGCCGAAAGGACAAGACUGGAAUUGUUAUCAACAACCCUAACCAGUCAGUGUUUCUCUUCAUUGACAGACAGCACUUGCAGACUCCAAAAAACAAAGCUACAAUCUUCAAGUUAUGCAGCAUCUGCCUGUACCUGCCACAGGAACAGCUCACCCACUGGGCGGUUGGUACCAUAGAGGAGCACCUCCGUCCUUAUAUGCCAGAGUAGGGUACUGGCCAGCAAAAUGGGGAAGAUCACAGAAAGCAGCAGUGAAUUCUUACUUUCCUCACCACUUUUAUUCUUUCAGAAUGUAGAAGAAAAUGGACUCAUGUUCAGAACACUAUACAUUGUGAAACGUGGUCAUUCUGGAUUUUUUUUUCAUUUGUAUCUCAGAACUUUAAUUUUUUUUAAAUGUUUUCUGCAUGGACCUUAUGAAAGAGAGGAUGCUCUGCACACUUCUGCACUGCAUCAGCAUCUUACUAAAUGUGAAAUGAAGGGACUGUUGUACACUGAAACAAAUGUAUCUGAAAGCACAAGGUGAUCAUUUGUGGUGGUAUUCCCAUUUGUGCUGGUCAUUUUCCCCCUAACAUCUAUAAUGUUAGUCAUCAGUAUUGAAAGGGUGAGAAGUGAAUGUAACAGGUAUAAAGCCUUAGCUUUGCUGUUAAUGAUGGUAUUAAACAGCACUAUCAGAUUCAUUUAAAUGAACAGAAAAGUGGCUAUUAACAAUAGAAAAGUAAACACGGGAAAGACAUCUUAAGGAAAAAAGCAUCUCAUUUAACGUAGGCAUUUCUUGCCUUUUUUAUUUUGCUGGGCCAUGUUUAAGUUUACUGGCACUUUCAUUUUUGGAUCUCUUUCCCCAAGUUGCUGUAUAACUGUAUGAGAGUUGGAUACAUUUAUACAGAUUAUGAGGCAGACCUGGAGUCUGAAGUAACUAAAGCAGCUAAAAUUGAAGUAAAAAUAUAGCUGCAGAAACAAUGUUGGUAGAAGAUUAUUUUUUCCUGAGAGUUGAGACUUGUAAACUUGCUGGUGAACUGUGCAGGAAAUACUGGUUUCUAAAACAUUUCUUAUGGAAAACCCCUUGAGGUUUUUUUUGGAAUAGACAUUAUAAAGCAGUGAACUGUAAAAUAGUGUUUGGAGUGUCAAAAGUUGGUUCUGACAGAACAUUAAGAUUGUGCAAUGAAAUAAGGAAGACUACUGUAUAGUUUUGAUGACGAAGGCUUUGCUUAAGGGUUGAGUACCUUACUGGAGUAAAUCUAUAUAAACCUGCUCCCUUUGGAUAAAACUAGUGCUUACCUGUUUCAAAUUUGUAUUUAGCUUUUGUUUGGAAUUGGAAAAAUUGGAAAUUUAAAUAAAUUAGGUGAAAAAAAAUGUUAUUUUAUGCAAAGCCCAUGAGUUGAAUUUAUUACAUGGCUCCUGUUAUCUUUUGACAGUAUCGCCCAUAACAGAUACUCUAGCCUUGUAAAAGCAAUCUGAAUGUGAAAAUGAGUGGCAAAGAGAUGUUCUUAACAUUGCUGAUAUGAUUACGACAAUAUGAAAUCAAAUUGGCAAUUAAAAUAAUACACAACA